AUGCAACAAUAUACCCUUCGGGUGGCUGGACUUGCCGACGGAACCGCCGACGACGCGGUUCGUGAAUUUUUUACCCGCUUUGGUGAAGUGACGGAAUGCAGCGUCGCUGGGACGGAGGCGACAGUUUCCUACAAGAACCAAGACGAUUACGCGGAAGCUCUAAGAAUGGAUGGUUGUGAAUUCGAUGUUGGAGUAACACUGAAAGUGGAGGCCGUGGAAAAGACGACGGAGGAUGUUCCGCAGGCAGACGGCGCGGGGGCGGGUUCUGCUGAGGAUGCCGCGGGAGAGGUCUCCAAUGGGGCAAAUCGUGAUGGCCUGUCGGAUACGGGAAAUACAGAGGAAAGCAAUAAGCAGAAACGCUUUCGUGACGACUACAAGGUUGCUGUACGUCACCUUCCUGAUGACGCAACGGAACAGCAACUACGGAAUAUGUUUCAAAGCGCAGGUACUAUUUUGGAUUUCUUUCUGGAACCCCGUCGUCGCUACGCCUUUGUUGGGUUUGACAGCCGCGAAGCUGUUGAAGCUGCUCUAAAAAUGACCGGCACAGAACUCAACGGCACCAUCAUUAAUGUCGAGCUCAAGCGGACAGUGAGUCGGGAGAGUCAACUGGAGAUGAAGGUCGUCGUCAAGAACCUUCCACCAGAUGUAACAGAGAACUCUAUUCGCAAUUUUUUCGCGGCAGUUGGCGAGCCGGUGGAUAUUUUUAUUCAUGAAAGGAAGAUGUUCGCCUUUGUUGGUUUCGCAGACGAAAGUGCCUGUGCGGCUGCCAUUCAGAUGGACGGUACGGAGAUGGAUGGGCACCGUGUGCAGAUUGAGAGGCGUCAGCGACAACGGUGCUUCAAAUGUAAUAAAGAGGGUCACGUUGCCACUCAGUGCCGUGGUGAGCCAACCUGCCGCACCUGCGGUCGUCCGGGUCACAUGGCGAGGGAUUGUCGCAUGCAGCCCGGCUCGUACGACCGCAACCGUGGGGGUAAUAUGGGCGCAAUGGGACGUAUGGGACAUGCACCUCCUGGUGGUUAUUACAUGGGUCCUAUGGGUGGUGACAGACGAGGGGAUGUUGGCAGAAGGCCUCCUUACAAUGACCGUCGUGUGGGUGGUGAAUACGACAGGAGGCGGCCCCGUUCCCGGUCCCGCUCACCCUCGUACGAACGCCGGCACCGACGCCGCAGCCGCAGCCGCAGUCGCAGUCGAACUCGCAGUCGCAGUCCCAAGCGAUUCACACGGGAGCGGGAACGGGGCCGUGACCGAAGUCGCAGUCCAUCACGCCGAAGGUACCCGCGUGAGGGGGAGCGGCCCCGCGUGCGUGACGACCGCGUAAGGGACUGA